AUGUCACCAUCUCAAUUGGAGAUCAAGGUUAGGGCACUACAGAGACUUGUCAAGGAAGAAGGUUAUUAUCAACAAGAAUUGAAAGAUCAGACAGCCCAUGUUGAAAAAUUGAAGAAAGAUAAAGAUGUUGAUCCAUAUGAUUUAAAGAAGCAAGAAGAAGUUCAGCAAGAUACUGAGAAGUUGCUUCCUACUAUGUACAAAAAAAUCGCUGAAUUUAAGGAAAAUUUAGAAGAAUACAUCAAGUCCUACCAGGGGAAUGAGGAAUUACAGGAUGCCCAAACGGCCAUAAAAAAGCAGAUGAAGUAUUAA